CGCACCUACUACUCGUCCUAUCCUCGAUUCCCGUCACCAAACCGUUCUUGUACCGGAACCGAGACAACCUACACAAGAUUAUGAACCCAACGGAUGAGACGGCUCUCCCAGCACACUCUAAAAACUCCGCUACUGGCUCCCGAAGUGAUGGCUCGAAUAUGGACCAACCAAAGCUCCGUAUUCUCCUUGCUGAGGACAACAUGAUAAAUCAAAGGGUAUUUGGUGCUUUUGUAACCAAGUGUGGUCAUCUCGUUGUCCAAAGGGCGAUGGAUGGCGCCUCAGCAGUCGAGGCGGUGAAGGCAGAUCCCGAAGGAUUCGACGUUAUAUUCAUGGAUCUCACGUUACCUAUCAUGGACGGGAUCACCGCUAUACGCGAGAUCCGCCGCAUAGAACAAGAACGACACUCGACUGGAUCAGUUUCCGAUCAGACGAAGCGUGCCUAUAUAAUCGCAAUGGACCAGGUCAAUGCGGAUGGGGCUCUUGCAGCUGGUGCAGAUGAUGUCCUUACGGCGCCUAUCUUUUUCCCCAAAGUUAAGGGGAUGUUUGAAGCAGUGCCAUUCGUAUUAGAACUGACCACAGCAAAUAUCUUCUGGAUUAGGGUGAGAGUGAAGAGUGCUGUUGCUGGUGUUGCUGCUGAUUCUCCUGCAAAACUGGUGUAUCGGUCGAGGAGGAUAUGGUGA